AUGUCUGGCAAGGAGGACAAGAUGCUCUUCGACGGACAUUCGGACACGGAAGGACCGUCGAGCACGAAAGGACAUGUGCACGCGGUGGGACAGUCGAACACAGAGAUACCUUGCGACAAGAACGAACGGACGGGUAUAUUGGCCAAGGUCGAGAAAGAGAAGAAGGAGCUUCGCCCAGCAGAGCAAAAUCUAUUUUCGAAGAUACAAAUUACUCUGGGCUACUACAGCUUACUGCGGAACGUCGACUUGAUCUGGACAGCCGAAACCACUCUAGAUGUCCUUACCGAGGCCCGCUUCGCCAUAGCGGAACUCGUCUACCUUCUGGCUUUUCGAAUCAAUAUGCUCUUCGUCGAGAUCUCGUGCGUCUUUCCGGCUCUCGAUGGGGACAUCUUUGUCGAAAUGCACUCAUCUCUUGAUGACGACGCUCCAACCACCAAGAUCCGUCCUGUCAUAUUUCUUUAUGCGGCAGAGAUUCUGGUCCGAGGCUUGGAGGCCAUCGGAGCCCCCGAAUGGAAUUUAAGAGACGGGGAUUCUCAGAGCCCUCUCCUUCAGUUGGAGAAGAAUCUCUCUCAGUCGUUUCAAUUCAUGGUGAACCAUCUACGGGCGUAUGAAUGCCACCUGUCAGGAUGGUACAACAAGAGGCAGAGAACAUUUGACAUGCCCGGUCUUCUAGCUUUUGUCCGCGCAGCGGAAAAAGGCCUACCCAACCAUCUCAUCGUCGCCGUCCAGAGGCACACGCCAUGGGGCAGCAAGAGUUCUUUUUCUUUCUUCGACCCCUUCCCACUGUUGCAGACGCAGUGGAGUCGAUAUUCGACGUUCGACUUAUUCUCGAGCACUCCCGAUGCAUUGGCGUCGGCGAUGCUUAGCGGUUCCGCAGCCUGCGGACAGCGAGUUCCCGAGUUUCUGAUCACUGAGCACAACUCGAGAUUCAAGUUAUCAAAGUUCAAAAAGUUUGAAAGUCAUGACUCCGUCGUCAUGACGACCAGCUCGACGGGUGGCCCGGGGCCAGCAACCGAAGAGCAGAUUGACCUAUGCCAUCACCCUGAUCCGCCACGAUUCUGCGGCACUGACUCUUCGACCUUGGCCCUGGCUGGCCUCCACCUCCGGGACAGUACUGAGUCUCCCAACACCUUGGACGCGCCUUGGAUCAAUUUCGUCCCUCCUGAAAGAUGGGAAGCCGAAUUCCGCGACGCUCGAGAACCAUCGGAUGGGGAGUUACAGGUCUGGGAGUACAUGUCACAUGCCUCGCCCUCGACACAGCGUAAGCGCAAGCAGGGUGAACGCUCCGUCGACGGCCAUCCGGCGUUGGAGUCCGGUCAACUCCCGAAGCGGCGUGAAUUGGCCUUUCCGGCGAACCCAGGUAUCCUGGCCAUGUAUUUCGGGGCAGUUGGAGAGGGGACAGAGUCCAAGCUCACGGAGGAAUGGGGGAUCUCACAGAAGUGA